AUGGAACCUCCCCUGUGCACAUGUGGCAACCCCGGCCUCCUCCGAGAGGUGCGCAAGGCUGGACCCAAUCAGGGCAGGCAUUUCUGGGGCUGCGUGAACUGGCCAGAAGGGUGCCGCCUGUUCAAGUGGGCCUCUGCUGAGGAAGAAGCGGCGGCGGCGGAGGCGGCGGGGAGCCAGCGCCAAUCCAGCCAGGCGGCCCGCAGCCCCGCCUCCCAGCAGCCCUCCUGGCAGUCGCCCCACGCUCAGCCGCCAUCGCAGCCGUGGCAGUCGCCGCCAUCUGCGCCGCGCCGCCAGGCAUACCCGUCCCAGCAGCAGCAGCAGCAGCAGCAGCAGCGGGUGCCGCCGCCGGCUUCGCCGCACCAGCAGCAGCAGCCGCAAGCGCGCGGCCCAGCCCCGCGCAUCGCCAGCCCUGCCAGCCUGGCCGCCAGCGGCAGGCCGUAUGUGCCGAUGUGGGAUCCCGAGGCGGAGGGCCCUCCCGGUGCAGCCUACCCACACGCAUCCCCACAGCAGCAGCAGCAGCGACAGCAGCAGCAGGGGCAGGCUUCCCGGGGCGGCAGCCAGCCAGCCACGCCGCCUGGCAGCAGCCAUGGGUGGGGCGGCCCGCCCUCGCUGGGAGGCAGCCAGCCGCAGCCGUCGCAGCAGCAGCACCCCCUGUACGGCAGGCCCCAGGGCUCCCAGCCGCCGUCGCAGCAGCCCUACUCCCCGCGGCAGGCCCAGGGCGCAUCCCCCGCUGGGCGGGCAGCUGCAGCCGGGCCUUCCCCGCAGGGGGAACGCCUGAAAGUCAGCCUGCAGGUGGUUGACGGCGACACCUUUGGCGCCGCCUUCCGCUACAACGAACCCCUCAAAGAGUUUGUGAAGUCCUUCCCGCGGCCCUACAACGGGCGCUGGGACCCGCAGCGCAAGCUGUGGACCUUCCCCAUGCCUCACUACGAGGACGUGCUGCAGCUGCUGCAGGAGCAAUCGCCCGUGCCGCUUGCCCUCAACCCCAUCCCGCCGGGGGCGCUGUCCAGGCACGCGCCCGCGCCGCCUGGGCAGCACCUGCGCCGGGGGAUGUUUGAGCAGUCCCAGCAGGUGCAGCACUUGAGCGAGGACGAGGUGGACGAUCGCCUCGCCCGCCUGCCCAGCGAGCUGUGGAACAGGCUGUAUGGGUUCCAGCGGGAGGGCGUGGGGCGGGGGGUGGCCCUGGGAGGGCGCGUGCUGCUCGGAGACGAAAUGGGACUCGGGAAGACAGUGCAGGCGCUCUGCAUCGCGGCCUGCUUUGGCCCCGAGGACUGGCCCCUGCUCAUCAUCUGCCCCUCCACCAUGAAGCUGGUGUGGCAGGAUGCGGUGCGCCACUGGCUGCCGCCUGACCUGACCCCCCGCCCCCACAACCUGGCUGUCAUCAAGGACGGGCAGGGCAUCGACCAGCUUUUGGGGCGCAUGGACCAGGAGACGCCUAAUCUGGACACGCAGCGCACCCAGGCGGUGAAGGCGCUGGUGGAGAAGGCGGCGCGCGCCAUCCUGGUCACCGGCACGCCCGCCCUGUCCCGCCCCUGGGAGCUCUACCCGCAGGCAAGCCUGAUAUGA